AUGUCGCGCUGUGACACUUUCGAGACGCGGCUCGGCUCGGUGCUGCAGGUUCUGCUGAGAGCCGCGGUGUCCGAGAUGAGGAAGCUGUUCCGAGCGACCGCCAGCAGCAGCAGCAGCGCGCACCUCGAACCGGCGUCCGCGGAGGAGAGCGUCUUCGACAAGGCAGAAUUAUUGUCCAUCAUGGAAAAAUUGGCUGAAGAGGCUGUGCAGAAGAUUUGCUGCCUUGUCAAUGAAGACUGUGCUGUGUUGCGUUUGGAAGUGACGCGGAGUCAGAAUGAGAAUGAUGCGCUGAAGAGAAAGUUGCAGUUGAUGGAGCAGGAACUGAGGACUGCAGGAGGAUGUAGAAAGGACUCAGCAAGACAGCAAGAGAAAUGUGCUAACUACAUCUCUAACACACUUCGGUUUGAAGAUGAUCUAAAACUACCAGACAGAGGAAAUGAACAUUCCAACACAAUCAGAAACGGCCAGCAUGUAAUGGAGGGAGAUCCUACAACACAGUGUGUUGUUAUGAUGAAUGAGUCUGCAGAUCUAGAAUCAGGUGGAAUGGGUUCAGUUAUUGUUAAGGAAGAGAGCGUUGAAGAGGACUUAGGAGACACACUCUUGCUGGAAGGACAGAAGAUCACCGGAGAUGGAUAUGAAAAUUGUGUGACUAAUGACAGAGAACUUCUCACUGAACCUCGGGAGUGUGGGGAAGAUUGUGAAACUACUAGCAAGUGCAUAGAGCAAGAGGAAUCCCAGUGCCCACUAGAAGAAAUAAUAUUAGAUGCUGUACACAAGGAUGGAAAUAAGGGUGGAAAGCAUUUGACGAAGGUUAAAAACGUGAAAGUCAACAGAAGAACCAGAAAUGGAGAGAAGCUGUUAAACUGCACACAGUGCAAGAAGAAACACAACUUUAAACAGCCUGUUCUUGGAUUAGGAAAAUCAUUUACCUGCAUGCAGUGUGGCAGGGCUUUUCUAACCAUGCGUACCUUUAAAAUACACCAGACACUUCAUACAGGACAGAAAACAUACAGCUGUGUUAAGUGUUCGAAGAGUUUCAACAAAAAAUUGUCACUUGAAAAGCACAACAGAUUUUGUACAGUACGGAAAACAUUUAAUGGAAAUACAAGAAAGAAGAGUUUGGAUCAUACAGGUCCUAGUGUUGAUCAGCCUGUCUCCAAAGGAGAGAAUGGAUUUACCUGUGCAGACUGUGGAAAGAGUUUUAGUCAAAGGCAUACUCUUAAAACACACCAAACUGUUCAUUCAGUUGAGAAACCGUUCUGCUGUUCAUUUUGUGGGAAAGGCUUUACUGUAAAACAUAGUCUUACAGUACAUCAGAGAAUACACACUGGUGAGAAGCCAUACAGCUGCGUUACAUGUGGGAAGACGUUCUCUCAAGCUAGUCAUCGAAAAAUUCAUUGCAGAGUUCAUACAGGAGAGAGACCGUUUACCUGCGACACUUGUGGGAAAAGUUUCCGUGAUGGGAGGGGUCUUAAAGAACACCAAGUUGUUCAUACAGGUGAGAAAGCAUUCAAAUGUGAGAAAUGUGGGAAGUGCUUUAGUCUUGCAGUUAAUCUGAGACGACAUCAUCGAAUUCACACUGGAGAGAAACCAUACAGCUGUGAUAUAUGUGGUAAGCGUUUCAGCCAGGCUAGCAAUGUUAAAGCCCACAAACGGACCCACUCUGCAGAGAAGUCUUCCACAGGAGAGGAGCCAUAUCCAGGGGAAAGACCUUACAGCUGUAGUACAUGUGGGAAGAGUUUCAGUCAUCCAAAUAGCCUGAAAACACAUCAGUUAAAUCACACGGGUGAAAAACCAUUCAAAUGCACCAUCUGCGAGAAAAGUUUCAGGUGUUUGUAUUCUUUCAAGACACACGAACGAUUUCACACUGGAGAGAAACCGUAUAGCUGCGUUAAGUGUGGAAAGUGUUUUAGUCAGACAAGUGCACUCAUAUCACACCAGAGAGUGCACACCGGAGAGAAACCAUUUAGCUGUGAAAUCUGUGGAAAGUGUUUUAGUUUUACAAGUAGUUUUAAAGCACACCAGCGAAGUCAUACUGGAGAGAAACCAUUUCAAUGUGCAGUAUGUGAGAAGAGUUUCAGUUUUCUAAGUAAUCUGAAGAGACACAAACGAAUCCACACAGGCGAGAAGCCAUUUAGCUGUCAUGUAUGUGGUAAAAAAUUCAGUCAAGCUAACAAUCUUAAAGCACACCAACAGAUUCACAGUGGUGAAAAGCCAUUCAUGUGUGAUAAAUGUGGGAAAAGUUUUGCAUACCUAAGAAACCUUAGAGAACAUAAGUGUGUUUAUGGCUGAAAAGGCUUUGGUAUAUAGUGUAAGAGGAGUAUCAAUCCAUAUUUGGAAUUUUAUUUUUACAGCCU